AUGGAAGCUUACAAAUACAAAAGGCGAAAAUAUGAUAUCGAAGAUGUCAACGAAUUACUUGAAAAAAAUAUUGAACUUGCUUCCCAUAUUCAUGUUGAAGUUGAUAAAUGUAUUCAUCCAAUUGUAUUACAGUGGCUACAUAACUAUGAUCAUUUGACAAGUGGACAACCACUGAGCCUUUACUAUGCUCUUAUGGUCACUAUUGCUCAUCUUUCAAUGGAAAGUACAGUAAUGCAGUGGAACCGUAUAGCCAGAUUUCUUAAUUUAUAUUCUAUUAUUUUGGGAUAUUCUGGUAGUGGUUCAGUUCGAGAAUGUCGAGAAGCUUUGGAAGAGCUCUACGAAUUUCUUCUUAUAAAUAACAUUGGCAAUCCAAAUGCUAUUCAUUCGAUUCUUGAUAAAUUCACGGAAGCUGGUUUCAUAGAUCAGGAUUUUUUGAAGCACCUAAUGACUGAUGGGGCUGUUGUUAGAUGUUUAUUUUUGGUACUAUCCUAUCAACAGUAUCUCCGUGAACAUCAUCUUGACCCAAAUCUGAAUUUGCCAAGUAUUGCUCAAAUGUUAAUGGCUGUUGUAAUCCUUGGAAGACGACAAUACAUAUACACCGAUGAAACACAAUUGAUACUUGAUAAUUAUAUUGAAGGAAUAUCACAACAAGCAUCUGAAGCUGAUUCAUCUCGAAUAACAUCUUUUCUAGCCAAUUUUCAAAUACGUUGCAAAGUAAUUUCCAUAAGUUCAAUACGACGUUUUGGCUCAAACAAGGUAUUUGAUGGAAUUGUCUGUGAUACUACAGCCGAGAUAAAAAUUGUCGCUUUCAAUGAAGAAGUCGAUCAUUUAUAUGAUAGCAUAAACAUCAAUCAAAAAAUAACCAUUGAAAAUGAAGAAGUUCAACUGGCUGAUCCAAAAUAUCGUUCACCAUGUUCAUCGUAUGAAAUUCGAUUAUGUCCAUCUACUUUUAUACAAUCAUAUGAAUGUGCUGCAUUUGAUCCGCUGUUUAAAAUUUCAAAACAAGAACUUCGGAAUAUUUCUGAAUUGCCUCAUGGUGUAUCUGUUGGUAAGCAACAUUAUCUCAAAACUUUACAAUAA